AUGUUUAUUGUUUUGUAUAAUUUCAUAGAUUUAAAAAAUAAAAGAUUAUGGAGAUUUGUUGCGGAUCUUGUGGCAGCCAUACAAGAUCCACUUUACCGUCAAGUUUGCAGCGCGCUUGAAGUGGCGUCCAGUUUGCAGUGCAUCCAUAUAGACCACUCACGUUCAAGUUCGCCGUCAAGUUUGUAUGAUGCCGCACCAGUUGAAACAAUGGCGUCACCAGUGACGGCCGACGACUUAGCCAUCCUACUCCUAUUGCUCACAAUUAUGCAAUCAGAAAGGAAAGAUUCGCAUUCAACUGGUGCGGCAUCAUGCAAGCUUGACGGCGAACUU